UCAGACUGGCCAUGCCGGCCACUUGGGCUGUUCUGGUUCUCUUCACGGUUACUUCAGUGCAUGCAGUGGAAGAGACAGUGAUGGAUACAAGGACGGCGACAGCUGAGCUUGGCUGGAUAUCGUUCCCUGCCAAUGGAUGGGAGGAGGUGAGCGGUUAUGAUGAGAACCUGAACACCAUCAGGACGUACCAGGUGUGUAACGUGUUUGAGCCCAGCCAGAACAACUGGCUCCUCACCACUUACAUCGACCGGCGCGCGGCGCAACGUAUCUACGUGGAGAUCCGCUUCACUGUGCGCGACUGCGCCUCCAUACCGAGUGUCCUGGGCUCCUGCAAAGAGACGUUCAACCUCUACUACCUGGAGACCGACAGGACCGUUUCAGACGGCAUCAAAGGGGUGGAGUACUGGGCCAACGCACCCUUCCUAAAGGUGGACACCAUUGCAGCAGAUGAGAGUUUCUCCCAGGUUGAUUUCGGGGGCAGGCUGAUGAAAGUGAACACAGAAGUGAGAAGUUUUGGGCCUCUGUCCAAAGGCAGAGGUUUCCAUUUGGCUUUCCAGGACUUAGGCGCUUGCAUGUCGCUUCUGGCCGUCAGGGUAUUCUACAAGAAAUGCCCCAGCAUCGUGCAGAACUUUGCUUUCUUCCCAGAGACGCUGACCGGAGCAGAGUCCACCUCAUUAGUCAUCGCCAGAGGAAGCUGCAUCCCCAACGCCGAGGAAGUAGACGUGCCCAUAAAGCUCUACUGUAAUGGAGACGGAGAGUGGAUGGUACCCAUAGGCAGCUGCAGCUGCAAGGCGGGUUAUGAACCUGACAAUGGCAAUGUGUGCCGAGCUUGUCCUCAGGGCACCUUUAAGUCAUUCCAGGGGCCAGGACUGUGUCAGCAAUGUCCGCCCAAUAGCCGCUCCACUAUCGAAGCUGCCACCCUCUGUGGUUGUCGGAAUGGUUAUUACCGAGGAGACAUGGACAAACCGGAGGACCUGUGUACCAGUGUCCCUUCAGCUCCUCGCAAUGUGGUCUCAGUGGUCAACCAGACAUCGGUGAUGUUGGAGUGGCACCCACCACGUGACACUGGACACCGCGACGACUUGUCGUAUAAUUUGUUGUGUCGCCGAUGCCACAGCAAUGAGCGGCGGGCUUGUCAGCCGUGUGAUGACAGCGUGGUGUUUGUUCCAGGCAAACAGGCGUUAAAGGAAACAAGGGUUGAGAUGAGCAAGCUGCGGGCCCACACGUCGUACACCUUUGACAUACAGGCAGUCAACGGAGUCUCCAACAAGAGCCCUUACCCGGCCCAGCAACUGUCAAUCAACAUUACAACCAAUCAAGCUGCUCCCUCAGUAGUUCCCAUAAUGCACCAAGUGAGCUCUACAAGUCGCAGUUUCUCGUUGUCAUGGCCACCGCCCGAACAGCCCAAUGGAAUUAUCCUCGACUACGAGAUACGAUACUAUGACAAGUUGCAGUCAUCUGUGCUGAACAGUUCGAUGGUCCUAAGCGAAACACCUAAUGUGGUUCUGGAGGGUCUGAGACCCGGGACCGGCUAUGUGGUCCAGGUGAGGGCCCGCACUGUAGCGGGCUACGGAGCCUACAGCAAAGAGAUGCUCUUCCAAACCCUCACCGACGAUGAAUAUAAGUCAGAGCUCGGACAGCAGCUCUCUCUGAUUGCUGGCUCCUUAGUUGGUGGAGUGUGUAUUGUAUCACUAGUAGCUAUCGCCAUCAUCUGUACCAGGAGAAGGCAGCUGAAGGAGAGCGUAUAUGGUGACAAGCUGCAGCAGUACAACACAGGAGGAGAGGUGACUCUGAGGCCAGACAUGUUCAGUGGACCCACACCCACUGUGACCUUUCCCAGCCUGUCUGAGGGUCACAGUUCACCAGGGGUCAAAAUCUAUAUUGACCCUUUCACAUACGAGGACCCCAAUGAGGCUGUCCGAGAGUUUGCCAAGGAAAUCGAUCCCUCCUGUGUCAAAAUAGAGGAAGUCAUCGGAUCAGGCGAGUUCGGUGAGGUAUACAAAGGUCGCCUGAAACCUGUGGGGAAAAAAGAAAUCCCUGUGGCCAUCAAGACCUUGAAGGUGGGCUACUCUGAGAGGCAGAGGAGGGACUUCCUGUCAGAGGCCUCAAUCAUGGGCCAGUUUGACCAACCGAAUAUCAUCAGACUGGAGGGCGUGGUCACCAAGAGCAGGCCUACGAUGAUAAUCACAGAGUUCAUGGAGAAUGGAGCGCUGGACUCAUUUCUCAGGCAAAAUGAUGGGCAGUUCCCAGUGAUCCAGCUGGUUGGUAUGCUGAGGGGCAUCGCAUCUGGAAUGAGGUACCUGGCGGAGAUGAGUUAUGUUCACCGGGACCUGGCAGCUCGAAAUAUCUUGGUUAACAGUAACCUCGUGUGUAAGGUGUCUGACUUCGGCUUAUCACGUUAUCUGGAGGAGGACACCUCCGACCCCACCUACACCAGCUCGCUGGGAGGUAAAAUCCCCGUGAGGUGGACGGCACCAGAGGCGAUCGCCUACAGGAAAUUCACGUCAGCUUCAGAUGUCUGGAGUUACGGGAUCGUCACCUGGGAGGUGAUGUCAUAUGGGGAGAGACCUUACUGGGACAUGAGCAACCAAGAUGUGAUAAAUGCUAUAGAGCAGGACUUCAGACUUCCAGCUCCCAUGGACUGUCCAGUAGUGCUGCACCAACUGAUGCUGGACUGCUGGCAGAAAGACAGAAACGCCCGGCCAAAGUUCCCCGAUAUUGUCAGCAUGUUGGACAAAAUGAUACGCAACCCUGCAUCUCUCAAAGCCGGCACCAACAACAUGGUCCCUGGUCCUUCCCAUCAUCCCUUGUUAGACCGUGGAGCUCCAGACCUAAGCAGGGUGAGCUCAGUAGAAGACUGGCUGACUGCAUUGAAGAUGACCCAGUAUAGAGACUCCUUUCUGGGCUCGGGCUUCACCUCUUUGCCGCUCGUCACACAAAUCACAGCUGAAGAUCUGCAGAGGAUCGGAGUGUCUCUAGCCGGACACCAGAAGAAGAUCCUGACCAGCGUGCAGCUGAUGAGGCACCAAGCCGAUGAUCAGUCUCCCACCGAAUCCGUGUAGCCACACGGGGGAAAUACUCGACCUGGGUGCAGUCUGUGAGCGAGCAGGCUGUCCUAUACUUCCGUUUUUAAGCUCAUACAAUUAAGUUUGCUGCUUUUGGAGAUCUCAAUCACUUCACGCGCUUUCAAACAAUCAUCGUUAGCCAUUUGUGUGUCUGCAUGGACAGAUCCAUCCUCCAGUGACAGGACGGACUUCUUUCACGCCAUUUAGCUUCCAAAACGAAAAUGGCUCCUGGGAGAAAUUCAGUGUAGAUGCAUUAUUCUCACAAAGAGUAAAAACAAAAAUAAGUGGGAAAAAAAGCAAAACUUACUGAGCAUGAGGCUCUAAAAUCAUUACCCCCUUUUUCCACAUGCCAGUGUAACUGUGAAUGCUAUCACUGAAAUCUACAGACCAUUUAAACCAUCUUGACUUAAAGGAAGAUUUCUUUUUUUUUUACAUGAGGACACAAAACACUCUGCUUUGAAGAAGAAAGAGGCUGAGCAGACGUUUAUACGAAGGGGCACAAACCGGACCAAAAGACUGACAAAAAGGGUUUUAAGAGACGAGACGCGCGAGCAGUCUUGUUAAAUCCAGAGACUACUGUUCCUGAAAAAUUGCUACCAUCUGAAUCCUGACAAGAGCCAACCAUUUAAAGGGGACCUUUUUUUAAUAAAAAAAAGCUAUCUUCAUAUUGAAGAGUUUGUACAUAUUUGUGAUACGGGAUAUUUCUUUCCUAUUUGCUCAUUAGCGUUUGCGUUCGCUAACAGCAACAGACAGUUCAGUGUCGCUGGAGUAUUUGUGACUUCUCAACGAUUCUCUUCCCCGCCUGAAUCAUCACUGGAGCAAACUCUGAAGUGCUGUGGACUGCAGACAAAAAAAGAAAGAAAAUAGGUUUCAGUGUUCUGGUUUUCUUCUUCUCCUUCGUUUUUUUUUGUACUUUCCAUGCAGCCAUGAAAAGAUAAACUCUUUCAGUGAAAGUGCUACCAGGGCCUGGCCUACUUAAACUACUUAAUUCACAGAGAACUCAUAAUGGAUGAUGUUUUACAAUCAGCACAAAUGCCCACUGAGUAAAGCCAAUUACAGAUUUAAAAAAAGGCAAGUAAAGAAAUAUUCAAACCAUAGUGGUAUGUCUCUCUUUUCUGAGCCAGGAAUCAAAGCGCAUGCAUGCUUGGUGGCGCAGAAGAAUAAAGCAGCUUAAGACUGUGGGUACUGUGUCAUUACCAGCUAUCGAGAUUGCACCUGUUGUGAAAGCGCCGCGGUGUCCAGAGAAUCUUUAAAAGACACCAAAGGUAUCCAGUGUUCUUGUGAUUUGGCUGCAAAUCCUAAAGCCGCCUGCCAGCCAAGCACAAAACCAACCAGAAAUCCAACGCCCAUGUUCUGUCCACGCGUGGAAACAGCUCUUCCCGUCUAAACUUUGUCAUGGCCGCCAUCCAGGUGGCAUUCAUCGCUCAGCAGCAGGCAGCCAUGCAGGACUCUUUGUUUUCAUUCAUUUUUCUUAUUCGCCGGC